CCGAGCACUGUCGACCCGGCCGUGCUCGCUGAGCGUGCCGAGCACCAAAAGUUCAUGAACGCAGCUUUGGACAUGGCUCGUCUUGCCCUUGUGACCAACGAGACUCCCGUCGGCUGCGUCCUCGUCCACAAAGGUGAGAUCAUCUCCAAAGGCAUGAACGCAACAAACGUCACUCGCAAUGGCACUCGCCACGCCGAGUUCAUGGCCAUCUCUGCCCUCUUCUCCGUCCCUCGCAGCGAUGGACCUCGCACCACUUGUCUCAAGCCAAAGGUGCCCCCCAAGGUGCCCGAGGGCAAGGAAAACGACCCGGCCUACUCGCAGGAGUGGCGCUGCCCCGACGAAGGCAACGAGGAUGGCAGCAAGGGCCACCUCUAUCCUUAUGGCCAGAAGAUGAUCCUUCUCGAGCGUGUCCCCACCGACAUCAUGAAGGAGUGCAUUCUCUAUGUCACCGUUGAGCCGUGCGUCAUGUGUGCUUCGCUCCUUCGCCAGCUUUGCAUCAAGAAGGUCUAUUACGGCGCCGUCAAUGACAAAUUCGGUGGCUGCGGUGGAGUCUUCAACAUCCACGCCAAUGGUCUCCCCCCUGGCAGCACGGAUCGUGUUCACCCUGAGCCCAAGCGCUACCUAUUCCCUGAUGGAGGCGGCAGUCUGGGCGUCUCUUACCCUCUUGGCGGUGGCCACGGCAGCAAUGUCGAGCCAGGCUUUGAGAUUGAGGGUGGCUGGAGCCGUGACGAGGCGGUUGGACUUCUCCGACGUUUCUACGUGCAGGAGAAUGGCCGAGCCCCUGUUCCUCGCAAGAAAGAAGGCCGAGCUGCACGCUUGGCUGCCAUGAUGGAACAACAGACUACUGGUGCGGCUACCUCUGGU